AUCAUUGACUCGCACUUUGCAAUUUUGCUCCUCACACCUUAUUUCGGAUUUCUCAGUUUUCUGACAUAAUUGGAGCAUUUUACUAAUUCCGUUAAAAUAUCUUCAACAUUUUAUCAACUUCUUGUGUUUUUGAUUAUAGCACGAAAUAGGCGUGGUUGCUGCACUACAGAUAUCUGUAAAAUUUGCGCCACAUUUCGUUUUAUUUUCUCUGGAGAUUCCUACAUGGUUGCAGUCCAUUGAUACUUGCCUGUUUAUUAACUUCUGUAAUGUGCAGCAGUGUAUCGAAUAAAAGAACAUGACUUCACGCGGAAAAUGCAUGCAGAGGCCUGACAUUUUAAUCAGUUUACGGGCUGGAAAACUGAUAAACAACAGUUUAUCGAACAGUUCCCGAGCAUCAAAGUUGAACUCAGGAUUUACAUUUUAAGCAAUGCUUCCGGAGCUAUUCCAGGAUUUCAGCAAAUAUUUAGUGGGUGGCAUUCUUGCUUAUGAAUCAAGACGUUCUGGAUGCAAGGCCUGCUCCAGGAUUUGUGUCCCUCAGUAUCUUAAACCAACUCAUUUAGCACAACAGCAAGAUCCAUGGAAUCGACUCAACGCAGCAGUGACCGUGGCAAGUGCAAACAAAGGAAUUUUCCUCUAUAAUCCCAAGGCACCGAAAGACAGUCUGGAUCUCCAUCUUAGUUCUGUUUAUAAUCAUUCAGGGGAUUUCUUGAAACAUAAGAAUGAGGUACUUCUGCAAAAAGUAACCUGUGAUCCUCAGAGGGGCUGUUGGCUGGGGAUGGAUGACCAACUUCCAGAAGAUAUUUUUCGUCGGAAAAUGGCAAUGGAUUCAGUGCAGAAAGAUAUUUGCGGCUGUGCACCUGAAGAGCCAGACACCAGAGCUAACUAUUUAUGUGAAAGACCUCCACCGAAACAAUGGAUGUCACCGGAAAAAUUACCCAUUCAUAGCAUUCAUGGAACAAUAAGAAGCCAACACACAGCUGCUACCAACCGAGGAUAUUCUAGAAAAUUUGAUGGUGGCUUCUAUAUGAACUGAAUUGGUCGACAUUUCUCCAUUAAGAUUCUGAUUGACUCUGUUUUCCAUCUUCAACAAGACCCUGAGAGAUAAGGAAGGCGCAGCACUGAUAUUGUGAAGUUGCACCUGAAAUAAGGUCUUUUCAAGAAAAGAGAAUUAAAUAAUUGCAAUAAGAAAGCUCAAA